CAAAGUGCACUGCUGUCAAAUGCACGUGUUUCGUUUCGUUUUCGUCAUCCGAUCCGAUGUGAUUUUAAUUUUUUAAAGUGAAUUGUGUUACAAAUGAGGUUAUAAAUUAAAAAAUAAAAUAUUUCCAGUGAUAUGGUUAAUUAAUUUUAUAAUCGUAACCAUAUUACAAAAUAGUGUAAAAAUCUGAAAAUGCCUUCUACGUCUUUAGCGGAGCAACUGCAGAAGCUUUCUGCACCGCAGACAUCUAUAUAUAAGGAAGACAAGAAGAAAGCAUCAUUGCUUUUCGACCCUAAAGAAGCGGCGACCAAAGACCGCGAUACUUUUUAUGAAAUCGGUCUCAGCGGCUUAAAAGAAUUAAUUGCACUAUAUGAAGGCUUUCGCGUGUACGAAGAUGCCCUAUUCAGUGUAUCAUCGAAAGACUUCGAACGAGCGGUUCAAAGUAAAGAAGUGAAUCAAAACUUGGAUCAGACCAUAGAAAAGUUUUUACUACAACUAUCUCCGUACUUUCUUCUACAAUCUUCUCAUAAAGCUUUAGAAUGGCUUGUAAAUAGAUAUCACAUACAUCAAUACAAUCAGGAUGCAAUUAUAGCCCUCAUCCUUCCGUACCAUGAAACAAAGAUUUUCAUACGCUUUGUACAGUUGUUCAGACUGAAGGACUCCAGAUGGGAGUGGUUGGAACCAGUCCAGAAACAUGGAGUCCCUUUAACAAAACAAGUUCUUCAUAACCAGUGUGUGUCAAAUAAUUCCACAUUACAAUUUAUUGCAGCAACCACAGAUAAAUAUGUUAAAGAAUAUGGAGAAAGAGCUACACAAUUGAACACAGUAUUUGCAUUUUUGUGUUCAACGGCCAUAGGAACUAUCAAUACCAAACAAAAUGUAAAUGAAUCCAUAAUUAGUGCACUUUUGCCGACCAUUACUAAAGGCCUGGAGUCUCCAAUCGCAGACUAUAGGUCUACAGCGUAUGUUGUACUCGGAUAUUUAUCAACAAAAACAUCUUUUAAGUUAAAAACAAUUAAUGAACUUAUUGUCAGACUAUUGAAUGCUGAAUUUGUAUCAUACGAUGUGGUGUUACUUAUCAAUGUAAUAUACACAAAUCAGACACACUUGACAAAGAUUUCAGAAAAUAUUUUAUCUAAUAUAUCUGUCAAUAUGAUGCAGUCUAUAUGCAAACAUCUGAAGAAAUUGGUUGAACUAAAUAUAAGCAUUCAUGUAUUUUGUUCAGUCUUCCUAAAGAGUGUUAUAACUAUUUUGCAAUCAAAUUUUGAGCACUUUCGAAGGUUUAGUCAGUUGCCUGAAAUCUUUGUAGAUGAGGUAGAUCUCAAAAACCAGCAACCUGAAAAAAUUAUCAAGCAAAUAUUAAAUGUACUGAAGUGCUUAAAAACUGAAAAGAAUGCAGAAGAAAGUGACAUUGAAAUAAUAGACGAUGAUAAUGAAGGAGAUGGGUUUUCAACUAAAAUAAUAAUGUGGUACUCACAGUUCUUGAAAAACCUUGAGAACAAAUAUCCAGCGGCUUUUGACAAAGUAAUAAAGAAAGAAAUGAGUUCAGAAAGUAAAACUCCUAGCCACAAACAACAGCAACUAUCUAAAGUGUUAGGGUUUAAGCCUGCGGUUGCUCAUAAAGUUGGUGGGACAUAUCUCUUUGAAAAUUUGAAUCACAUCAAUCCUGAAUUGAGGGUAGAGGCAGUGAAUUAUGUUGCUAAAGAGUUUGAAGCAUUGAAAAUGGAAGACAAAGAUUUUCUCAAAGACUCAAUAAUUAACAGAUUUAAAGAUGACAAUCCGGAAGUUGUAAAGGCUGCUCUAGAAAUUCCAAAUGAGAAUCUACAAGAUGUUCUUAAUGGCAGUGACUUGACAGAUUUGCUUGUCAAUAUUACUGCAAGAGAUUCAAAGAAAUGGUUGCAUGUAACUAUGGCAGCUAUAAGAAAAUUUUGUAUGUUUGCUAAUCUGCCUAUCAACCAGGAAGUUGUGUUUUGUAUAAUGCCAUACAUCUUUGCUAAAGAUGAUGAAUCUGCUGAGUUCACAUAUCAAAUACUUUCGUCAGUGUGGGCAAAAAAUCUAGGCUUUACAAAAAAAUCUGUUGCUGCAGCAAAUUUUAAAAACCACUCACUUCUAAAUGAAAAUAUAUUCAAAGCUUUAUUUGUAGACAGAAUCAUAACUGUAGAUCAUAUUUUUAAUUCAUUUACAUUGAAUAAGGAUAGUGCUAUUGAUAUAUGCUUAUAUGUGCUCCUAAAGUCAAGCUCACAUAAUUUGACUACACAAGAAUGUAUAGAAAUAUUAAAUAUUAUUUUGGAAUCUAUUGAAACGAGAUCUAUAGUUGCAGGCAGUGACAAUAAAUUUACUUCUAAAUCAAUAAUUGAAUUUAUAAAAUAUGCUAGGAAAAAUAAAAUCAUGUUUGAAGUAAUGGAAUACACUUUCUCAAGAAUUAUAGAUCAGUUGAAUAUUGAUGCUGUAACAAAGCCUUGGUGUAAUAUAUUAAAAACACCAGAAACGAUACUUGUCAGGCGAUUGUAUGAAGUUAUUAUAACUGGAUGCGGUAUACCAGUGUAUAAUGCAAGGUACGCGAAAUUAUUACAAAAGCUUCUAGAGAAAUUUUUCAAAGAUCCAAAAGAGAAAUUUAACUUUCUGGCCAACUUUGCUUGUGGUCAUAUAUUGUAUGCUAUAGAUCCAAAAGAUGUAAUUGGUCCAGAAAUUCAAAUAAGGACUUUAAAAUUAAUGAUAAACUUCAUGAAUGUAAGCUGUAAUGAUUGGAUUUACAGUUCAGAUGUUCUCAUUUUGAUGAUACUAUUUGAUUUAAACAAUCCUGUAACACCAAUUCGACAAUGUGUAAUUGACCUUAUAGAAACAAUUUUAAACACUAAUCCAGACAAAAAAUUGAUUUAUGUGCAGCUAUUACAACAAUUGAUAAAUCAUAAGGAGGAGUUAAUAUUAGACCAUGAACAACUGCCUCAAGUUUUAAAGACCAUUUUAACAAAUCAGUCAAUAGCCAAUAAAAUCUUCAGUAAAAAUUGUAUAUUGAAGCUGACAGGACUGCUCACGGGCAACACACUUUGUCAUAUAAAAUCAGCAUUAGUAAAAGUCCUAUCUGGAAUUAUUAAUGCUAAUACGUAUAGCUACAUUGUGCCAGCUUUGAAAACUUUGGAGACAGCCAUGGAUCAAAACAAACAUGAUAAGAAAUUCAUUUUCGACAUAUACGAGUCUAGUUUAAUUGAAAAUAUUUAUAGUCAAAUAAAUGAAACUACAAUAUCUUCGUUCAAUAAAGAGGAAGUUUGGAAAUCUAUUGAAAUUGGCUUAAAGGAAUACAGAGAAUGUGUUUCUGAUAAUGAGUCCUUUCAAAGCCCUUGUGUUUUAAUUUUGAGGGAGAUCAAUGAAGAGGUCUUCAAUAAAGUCCCUGCCGAAAAAUGUAAAGAUUUGGUCUACCUCAUAACAUUAGCUGGUGCUUUCAGCAAUAAUCCAACGAUUGCAAGUUCUGCGUCGAAGGUCAUGAAAAAAAUACAUUUGCGUUUUGAUGACUUUAAAUCUAUUCUUGAUGGAAUGUUAAAUGUGGCAGAUCCAGUAGUAAAUGUUCCUAAAAAGAAAAAGACCACCAUGUCUAUGAUAUCUUAUCAAACGGCGGAAACCAAGGAAUGGCGCCUUGGGGUGACGCUGCUGGAAUAUGUCCAAAGCAAAAAGAAAAUGACAGUGGAUACACCAUUUGUUACGAUUUUGUUCCAAUUGCUUAACAAAUGUCUAAGGUUUGAAGAACAGUCUUAUGUUGAAUACACAAAGCAAUUACUUUUGUCUUCUCUGUGGUAUUUCUGUAGAAAAUUUAUUAAUGACACUGAUAAAGAACAGCUAAAGUCUGUUAAAAAUAUAUUUGACGUGGAAACAAUAGUUCAAUGUAUCAGAGGCACUCAAAAUCCUCAAACUCAACACCACGCGUUAAUUCUUUUAUCACAUGCAGCUUACAUGUUACCUGAACAAGUUCUUCACCAUACCAUGGAAAUAUUCACCUUCAUGGGCUCUUCAGUUCUUCGACACGACGAUGCGUAUAGUUUCCAAAUUAUUACGAAAAUUAUCGAGACACUUAUUCCGAUUCUGGUUAAACUGGACAAAAACAUUGAUGAAUACAAUGAAAAAGAACUGAAACAAUUGGAAAAACGUGUCGUGCCUGUUCUUCGUAUUUUCGCUGAUGUCGUUUUACAUGUACCGGAACACAGAAGAUUACCUUUGUAUAAGAAGCUUAUAGAAACUAUUGGUCCAAAUCAGUUCCUCUGGGUUUUCCUGGCUCUGUUAUUAGAGACGCAUAUUGCUCAUUUCAAUGACAAUAAGAAGAAAGACAAGAGACCAACAAGGACUUUAGCAGACCAGGAAUCGCCAAUAAAUAGAAUGGACUUUGGGCAGAAUAUUCUUCUAGAAUUUCCACCAGAAGUUUGUCUAGAAAACUUUAUUAAAUUAACUGCCUAUAUGAAGUCUUUGCCUUUACAAAAGGACGAGGAUACAAUGGACACGAACGUCGAUAGCGGUGAUAUAUUCAGUAUAAGUGGUCAUACGCCGAUCCAAUUGAGGCACUACAAAUAUGUUAUUGUCACUUUUAUGACCACUUGCUUAUCGUCGUCAAGGUUCAUCCAACAUUGUAGUCAAGCCGUAGACCUUAAAGUAAUGGAAAAUAACUACAAAACAUUCAUUAUAAAUAUUCUUACAUUUAUUCAAAGUAUAUCAAAAGUCGCUGAUGAGAAAACCGCUAAAUAUUGGCGCGUGAUGCUCCACCAUAGUUACGAUUUGUUGGAUCACACCAACAAUUUGUUAUCGGCUCCCAUGUUUUUGUCUGUUAUCCGCGGUCUUUUGAAGCACACCUUACAGACUGUGCGUCGCAAGUCAAUGGAGUUGUUGAACACAAAAAUACAAUUCAGUCCAGAAAUGUUUACAGAUGUUGAUAAAACAUUGAUGUUUUCACUGCUACCGAGUUUAUUAGACAUCGUUAAAACGAUCGAAAUUCAGGAAAAUGUUGAUGAAAAUGCAGCUCAAGAAUUAGAACUGAAUCAACAGACCGCUCUUUUAUCUUUGAAGUUGUUAACGCGUAUGCUAGCGUUAGACAAUCCUGACGAAUUUACACCAGUUCUGGAAACUGUCACAAAUUACACAUGCAAUCCGAAUUUAUCUGGAAACGUGAUGGCGUCCGUUGUGCUCUGUUUGGCGGAAUUGUGCGGAAAUCUGAAGGCACACGCAUUGAGCAGUUUGCGAAAAUUCAUGCCAGCUUUAAUCAAAGUGCUUAAGAAGCAACGUAAAGCUGAAACUCCCGAAUUGGUCUUGCUCAGCUCAGUGACAGCGAUUUCUAAAAUUGUGGAAAGUGUGCCUCUAUUCUUGAGUCCAUAUCUGCAGAAGAUUUUGUAUGAAUACGCGUUAUUGCUGUCGAAAUGGCAAGCGGGCGAUCAGGAAUGUAGCAAAGUGUCUGCUAUUGUGUCAAAAUUGAUAAAUAUAAAAAAGAAGAUCGCUUUAUCUAUACCUCCUCGAGUAUUGAUACCAGUAGCGAAUGAGACGCAUCACUUGAUUUUGGAAAAGAGGAAUCUGGAUGCCAUUGGUCCAGUUAUGUCCGUUUUAGCGGAUAGCUUCGCGAACAUAACCACAGCAGAUUUCACUGCCUUGCAACACGAUUUGACUUCGUUCUUUCUAUCUGCAUUGCAACUGAGAAGUGAUGGAUCUGAAAAGCUUAUGGACGCUGAGAUAAUUGAUAAAGCUGAGGAGGAAGUGGUGAAUGCUCUGGUGAACUUGGUCCUGAAGCUAUCGGAAACCAGCUUUAGGCCAUUCUAUUUCAGAAUUUACGAUUGGGCAAUAAGAACAAAUGUUGAUGGUCAUAAAGAUAGAGUGAUAACUUUUUAUAGAUUAAGCAGUGCAGUCGCUGAGAAACUGAAAGGUCUUUUUGUACUUUUCGCUGGCCAUUUUGUUAAAAACGCAGCAGAGCUUCUAGAUUCAUGCAACAAUAGCAAAACUGAACAACUGUACUUCGAAUCAGACGAGAAAUGCAUAACCCUUAUUAACUAUAUAAUUAAAACUUUGCAAAUAGUUUUCCUUUACGACAGCCAAAGUUUUCUUAAUAAGGAUAGAUUUGAGACGUUAAUGCAACCAGUGGUCGAUCAGUUGGAGAAUACAGUGGGAGGGAUUCCGAGCCUUAAGUCUAGAGCUACACAGUUGAUAAUCCCUUGCAUAUCUCAGUUCGCUGUGGCGAUUGCUGACGAUUUACUCUGGAAACUUCUCAACUAUCAAGUUUUGUUGAAGACUAGACAUAAUGAAGCUGAAAUAAGGUUGAUCGGUCUGGAGUGUCUCGUGUCUAUGGCGUCUCAGCUGGGCAGCAAUUGGCUCCCUCUGUUAGCGGAGAGCGUGCCGUUCCUGGCAGAACUGCUCGAAGACGGCGACCCGCGGAUAGAGGGCGCCACCAAGCACGCCGUGCGAACACUCGAACAAAUACUGGGCGAACCGCUGGAGAAAUACUUUUGAUAUUAAUUUUAUAAUACCUAAAACAUAAAUAAAUGAUAUGAAGAAAAA